AUGCAACGAUCCAUUCUGGUUUCUGUGCGACCCAUCUUCCAAUCGACCGGGACGGAAUUGAGACUAGGAGCAUGUUCGGGCUUAGGCUCAAAGUCGAGGCUGAGGUUGAUACAUACGACAUCGUGUCUCCGAUCGCAUGAGAACCCAUUGGGGAUACCAAAACGAAACCCCAAUCCUGCACCUACGAUACCACGUAGGGGAGCACCACCUCAAAAAUCACGUAUAAAAGGUGUGAAGCAGAUCGUAGUGGUGGCUAGUGGGAAGGGUGGGGUCGGUAAAUCCACAGUAGCUGCAAACCUAGCAUUGUCCCUACUUCAAAAUUCACCGUUACCCAAUCCGCCCAAGAUAGGUCUUUUGGAUCUAGAUAUAUUCGGUCCAAGUGUACCUAAAUUGAUGGGACUGGAAAAUGCUGGUGAUCCAAAUUUGAGUGAUGAAAACAAAUUAAUACCUUUACAGAAUCAUGGAAUCAAGACCAUGUCAAUAGGGUAUUUACUACCGCCGAACCCCGCAAAUGACUCGCCAGUCGUAUGGCGAGGAAUGAUGGUGAUGAAAGCUGUCCAACAGCUCCUUUUCGAUGUCGAUUGGACAACAAACAAAGGAGAGUUGGACGUGUUGGUCAUUGAUAUGCCACCUGGUACGGGUGAUGUUCAGUUAAGUCUGGGACAAUUGGUAGAUGUGGACGGCGCUGUGAUUGUCUCAACACCGCAGGACGUAGCUUUAAUAGAUGCACGAAAAGGUGUAGGAAUGUUCAACAAAGUUAACAUACCUAUAAUUGGUCUGUUACUCAAUAUGUCCCAUUUCACUGCACCCGACACUUUGAACCGCUACGAGUUAUUUGGCAGCUCGAAGAACUUCGAGAAAGCUGCUGGCGAGCUUAAUCUGGAAGUGCUAGGUAAACUACCGUUAGUACCGUCUGUGAGUGAUGGUGGAGAUGCAGGUAGGCCAAUAAUGGUACAGAAUAAUGAAGAGGGAAAGGAAGUGCGAAAAACUAUGAGAGAGGUCAGUGAGAAGGUAUGGAGCUGGUUGAAAGGUCGUGAGAAGUCAAGUCUGGGCACGAGGGGAUAA